ACACAUGCGCAAAUCGAAGCAGGAGAGAAAGUUGACGAUUGAUCACGUUCACAGCCGUAAAGAUUCUAACUUUAAUUCUGGAUUUAUAACACAACUACAGCCUUAAAAUAUUGUGUGUAGUUUAAGAGAUGGGUAAAAAGAAUAAGGUGGAGGAUGGAGAAAAGCUGACAGACGAAGAAGAUUCUAAAUAUGGCCAUCCAUCCAAAUAUGACCCAACAUUUAAAGGACCAAUAGAAAAUAGGGGCUGUACUGAUGUGAUAUGUUGUAUUCUCUUCUUAGCAUGUUUCGCUGGUCUGUUUGUGGUGGGUUACCUUGCUUGGACCCAGGGUAAUCCUCUUACCCUCAUCAAACCAACAGACACUCUGGGAAAUAUCUGUGGCUACUCAGAUACAGUCACGGACAAGCCAUAUUUGUACUUCUUCAAUUUCCUUGAUUGCCUGAGUUAUUCCACUCUUCUCAACAUCAAGUGUGCUACUACACAGAUCUGUGUGUCGUCAUGUCCGAACUAUACAGCGGCACCGUAUACAUCAGUAGCACUCAGCGUAGCCGAUAAUCUACCAUUAGAUGUAUCUCUCAUCAACUGGGAUAACUUCAUCUGUGACUAUGACUUCGACCCUCAAGCAGAAUACCUCCUUUCGGGUGGACAAUACGAAGGCUCAGAUGGAUUAGCCAAGAUGUUUGAAGAUGACAAGUGUGCAUCAUAUGUGAUACCACAAUCUGCAUAUUUGGAUCGGUGUAUCCCAUCUUUCCUUGUCAACUCUCUAAGCACUGUGACAGAAGUAUUCUCAGAAGAUGAAUUCAUUCUUACUGGAUCAGGAGAUAAUAACAAUAUAACAGCAAGCAACGCUGGGGAACUCUUUGAAACUUCUGUUAAUCUGAUCCUGGAUGUAUUCAAUCUGAUUGAAGUCAUCUAUCAAGACGUUGCAUCUUCUUGGUAUCUCAUCUUGGCUGGUAUGGGUAUUGGUAUGUUGAUAUCGUUUAUCUUCAUCAUCAUCAUGCGUUGGUUGGCUGGCGUUAUCAUCUGGUUCUCCAUCUUCGCCUUGUAUGCCGUCCUCGGUGUGGGUAUCUAUUAUUCAUACUACAUGUAUAAGAGCUUACAGGGCGUAGAUGGAGCGGAUGCUGCACUCACAUUCACAUCAAAUUUGAGCAGUUAUCUCAGACUUCAAACAACAUGGCUUGUCUUCGGUAUUAUCUUGUCAGUGGUCCUGGCUAUACUGCUUCUGAUGACACUAUGUCUGUGCACUCGUAUACGUAUUGCUAUCUCACUUAUUAAAGAAGCAAGCAGAGCAAUUGGGCAUAUGAUAUCAACACUCUUCUGGCCUAUUCUACCAUUCUUGCUGGAAUUGAUUGUAGUAGCACUGUGGGCUUGUAUUGCAGUUUAUCUCGCCACAUCCCACCAGGCCAUGUAUGUAGUGUACAACGCUCCCUCAGACUACGGACUUGCUAACGGCACAUCCUGUGAUGUUGCUACCUUUGCGUCCAACAACACCACCGCCACCUGUGGUUUCCAGGAGUAUGCCCUUCCUUACUACACCAUCUACCUACAGUUCUACAACCUCUUCAUGUUCUUCUGGUUGGUCAACUUUAUGAUAGCCCUUGGUCAGAUCACCCUGGCUGGAGCGUUUGCUUCCUACUACUGGGCUUUCACCAAACCACAGGACAUUCCUGCCUUCCCGCUCUUCAAGUCAUUCUAUAGGUCCAUCAGGUACCAUCUUGGAUCUAUUGCCUUUGGGUCUCUGAUUAUUGCUAUCAUUCAGAUUAUCAGAGUUUUGCUGGAGUACGUAGAGCAGAAACUUAAAGGGAAAGCUGAUAAUGACAUAGUGAAAUACAUUAUUAAAUGUCUCAAGUGUUGUUUCUGGUGCCUGGAGAAGAUCAUGAAAUUCCUCAACAAGAAUGCAUAUAUUCUGAUUGCAAUCUAUGGGAAGAACUUCUGUACAUCAGCUAAGAAUGCCUUCUUCCUUCUCAUGAGGAAUAUUGUCAGGGUCGCAGUAGUGAACAAGCUGACUGACUUUGUACUCUUCAUGGGAGAGUUGCUAGUCGUUGGGGCAGUGGGCGUGGCUUCAUUCUUUUAUUUCACCAAUCAGAUUUCCUUCAUAUCUAACUUGGUCACCGUACCAGAUCUCACAUACUACUGGAUACCUAUCAUAGUGAUUGUAGUAGGUACAUAUUUCAUAGCAGUCUGCUUCUUUGGAGUCUAUGACAUGGCUGUUGAUACACUCUUCCUAUGCUUCUUGGAAGAUCUUGAGAGACAUGAUGGCUCUGCAGAAAAACCUUACUACAUGUCAAAAGAACUCAUGAACAUCGUCGGCAAGAAGAACAAAUUUGGUAAAGGCAAAGGUGACGACGACGAUGAUGAUUAAACAGUCCUUACAAGGCAACACAAACAGGAUCAACAAGCAAUGCUUUAUAUUUAAUAGAAUAUGAUAAUGGAAAUCAUUGUCACCAAUUUUAAAAGAAAUUGAUGUGGUUUGUUGAGAAUGUGGAAUCAAUCCAUGAGUUUAUGUUGCACAUACAUAAAGGUCAAUCAUAUUCUGAAAGUGACUUGUAGAGAGUUUGACCUUUAAAAUUCAGAGUUACGUGCAUCAAAACUCAUCAAGGCCUGUUUGGACCAAAAAUGGCAAAUUUUAAAGUUGGUUCAAGCUGGUAUGAAUUCUAAUUGGCUUUUCAAAUGACCGAGAGAUAUAUUUUUUUUGAUAUAUUUAUUGACAUACACUAAAUUUCUAGACAUAAAAAGAGUACUUUUUAAUUGUUUUUUUUUAAUUGGAAUUGCAGAAGUAUUUUACUGAAUACAAAAGCCAUUACGCAUAAUGCUUUUUUUGGGCUGAUAAGAAAGCAAUAAGAUUUUAGUGCUAAGAUGACAAGGUGGCGUUUUUAAACACAAAUUAGGUAUCAAUAUUUUAAAUUUUUCAUAUUUGGGCAAUACUUUUAUGGCUUUUAUAUAACAUUUAUAUACUGUGUGCUCUUUAUAUGUAUGGAAAGAUGAAAUAAAAAAAUUAUCAAGAAUUUCAUUUUCAUGGCAGUUUUGUGCUUUUAAUACAUUUCAGGCUGAGAAUAAAUGGCUGAUAUUUUGUGCUUAUAAUCCUUGACCAGAAAGAUAAGUCUUGAGGAUGUUAAAAUUUUUAUGGAAUGUAGAGUUUAUGAAUUCAGGUUGGUACAGUACUAGUAUGUGCUUAUAAAAGUUAAGGUGAAACUUCUCCCUUUAUCAACGCAUCUUGUAACUUUAGUUUUCAUUGCAUUUCCAGUGAAAAAACAAAAUCUUCCAGAGUUAACAUAUAUGCAUGUGCUCCAUUAUAGUUAUGCAGAUUCUUUAAUGAAUUCUAUGAAUAGAAGUAAUUGAUAAUAUGAUUCUGUUAUAAAUGAUGCAGAAUAGAGUGAAAAUUUAGUACCUAAAUCCAAGAAUACUGCAAUGAAUUAGAAAGUGCGUUUGAUGAAGUUGAAACAAAUUAGGGAAUAUUAUAGUUAAAGGUCAUAACCGAUGGAGUGGGAAAGCUGUGAGUGGACAAAAGUUAGGAGUUCAAACUAUUGUUAACACACGAAAGCCCUCCUGAAACUACGUUUGACCUGGAAAUGGUAUCACAAAUCUUAGUAAUCAUCGUAGAAGAAUAUCUUAAGAUUGAUUGCAUUAACCACAAUAUACAAUCAAUUGUGAAAAUCAAGUGUACAAACGUACCUACUGCUAAUAUCAAAGUAAAGUCAACUCUUAAAUGUAUAUAUGUAAUGUAUUUUAUAUAUUUGUACUAUAAAGCGUCAACACUUUGGACCAAGCUAUGUACACAAUAGUUAAAAUGUAAAUAUAAUUUUAUUGAAGAAAAAUGGUUUUUAUUCACAUUUAUAAGUGUAACUUGAAGAACUCUUGGAGGUACAUGUACUCAGAAUUAAAAAUUUUCAAUAUAUUUGUCAUAUUGCUAUCAAGGGUACAAGUAUUGUACAGUCAAUAUGUGAUAUUCCAGCUCAACCCAACUAUAAAUCACAAAUGAAGGUUUUAAUCAUUUUAAAGCAUAAAUUUGCUCUAUCAAACUACAUGUACAUGUAUAUAGAUAUUUGAUCUUGUUCAAUUUAUUGCGGAUUUGAGCCUGGCUGGCACAUAUUGUAUUGCAUUAAUAAAUUGUGUGCGUGCUGUAUGGUAUAUAUUUAUAACAAAAAUUAAUACAUAUAUGCCUAUGCAUUAAAUAGUGAUGGCAAUCAUUUCUAAAGUGCUAUUUCUAUCUAUUUUUUUUCCUCUUUUUUAGAUAGGCAAAUUAUGAUCUUCCGCUAUGCAGUCAAACGUGUAGGAUUAUUCUCUUUCUGACCUCUUUCAUUCAUCAUUAAUUUGGGACCAAAUUUUCACGUCUUAUCGGUAUAAGUUUAUAAGCUCUAUAUCUACAAAGAUUAACCCAAUAGCAUGCAGCAUGUAUUCAUUUGGUCAUUCAGAGGGGCCUUUUUCAUGAACUAUAUUUCAAAAUGAUUGUGUCGUAACUUGUGCUAAGAAAGAAUUCAUAUGAAAAGUUGUAUUGUUUUAGUGCAUAUGUAUAUUUUAAUCAUUCAAAAACAAUUUAAUGGAAUUAUGAAGUUUCUUAACCUUGUUCAAUUCAAGUGCAAUUAUCCGCCUAAUUAACUUUCACCUUGAGGUCAUGGUUAAUUCCUAAACCAGUAUAACAAUAUUUCUGAUCAGGAUGCAAUGUUUUUAAAGAAUUUGCCUAAUACUUCCUUGUCAUAUGAUUCCUCACAUGAUGAUGAUGCCUUGCAAUCCAUCUAAUAACCUUCUGUUUAAGCCUUCUAAUACGUCUUCUUAUAAGUCUUUCAAUUUUUGUAUAGGCAACAAGGUCAUUAAAGAUUUGUUCACUAAGGUUCAAUUCUUUCUAAACCAUCGCCAUUUUCACAAACCAUCUGUUUUGCUUGCACGACAGAGAGUCAAUAAUAUACUUUUCAUUAUUAUGUUUUGAAUAUUAAUAUUUUUGUUAAUAUCUAAAUCAUCAUUUUAUGCUAAUGAAUUGUGUAACAUACUAAGGCUGACUAUAAUUAGACAAUGACACUGUCUUUAUGAGGAAACAAAUUGAGUCACAUAUCAAGUUGUUUAUAGUUAAUUUACAUUUAAAGAGAAUUUCAAGCAUGAAUUCUCAUGAAUAAAGUAAACGGCUCGUUUGUGAAUGUCGAAAUGGUUACUGGUGAAAAUGGGGCUGCUUACAUGUAUAUUAAAAAUUUAUAUCGAUAUCAUCUUGUCUGCACAUAACCUUAGCAUAUUGCAGAAAAUGAGAUACUUUAGAUCUUUUUUUCAAUCUGAGAUCAACAUUUAUGUUUGCUGGCUUAUGAAACUAGAAAUGAGCUAUUAUAUUACAAAUAUACAGCAAAGCUAAAUUAUCAAUUGGAAUAUUGUCUUGGUCCCACCUCUUGAAUAUUGUGCAUCUAUAUCUUUCACAUAUAUCUCCAUAUUCACAUAUUUGUAUUAUGUAUAGAUUCAGUUUUGCAGUAUUCUUUUAUCCACCAUCGUCUUUCACGAUUCAUCCUUGUUUGAUGUCUUUAUGCAUUUAUCAUCAUAAUACUUGCAGUCUUGAAUUUAUCAAAGUAUAAUAUUUAAUCACGUGGCUGAAGCAUAGAAUUGUCUACAGUCUUCUAUGAAUUUUUAUCAAUUGUUUUAAUGAAGUUAUUGAAGCAGAGCUCAAAAUAAUUUUCUUAGUUUUCCUUUUUUUAUUCAUGGCAGUCUCAUUUUGUCUUGCUUAUCUUGUAUCUUGUGUACAUGUAUGUCUUCAUAUAAUACCUUGAUAUAUCUCAUGACUUUUGCUUCUCAUCAUUGGUUUUAAUCUUGCAUUUUAGUAACCUUUGGGGAAAGGGGUUUAAAAAAGGAUUAGAAAACAUAUAUGCAUGACAUAUUGUUUCUUGAUUGUUUUGUGUAACAUCGGUCACUCCUUCACUUAAAUGUUCUUUUGAAAUCGAAUCAAAUCUAUUAGAUAAGACUUAAUUCAUCUUUCCUAUAAUAAAUUAAGGACUUGGAAUAUAUUUAUGAAAUUCUUCUAGGGAAUCUGAAUCCAUUUCAUGAUGUGAGUGGUAUUAUUGUUUUCCAUCUUGCGUGGAUUUGAGGGAAAAUAAUUAUUAUAUUAUUGAAAGUACAUUGUAAUAAAAAUAAUAAAAAGAUAAAUGAUAUAAUAGAACAAAAGAGGUUGAUGAAGUGUUAUACUCAGUGGUAGAGAAAUAAUUACUUGUCACACAAAGUAGUAAACUGGAAUUUUUCAGGUUGCUACUUCACAUGACAAAUGAUUUUUUCUCUACAACUCGUAAAUUAUAUCAAGUUGAAGUCAUUGUGUUAAAAAAAAGGGAGUUUAUUCGUUCAUGUUCUUAUCAAACAGGGUUUGAUUUACCUAAAAAUAAGAAUACAAUACAACAGACAUCUGUGUAAUUAUUUCAGAUUUAAAAAUGUAAUUAUCAUAUACUAGUAAUCGACAUCAUGUUGUUUAAAUCAAUGAUGAAAGAGGACAAUUUUCCUGACACAAGAGAUUACAAAAUAUAGUUUUCAUAGCGCAAUCACUUUAACAUAGGUUUGUAAAAGGUCCAAUAUGUCAAUUCUCUCAUUACACUGAAUUGUAAGACAUUUAUCUGGAUAGUUUAAUACCCCUUUCAUAACCCCAAUUAUGCGGCUAAUAGCAGCAUAAUUUGGUCAUAAAAUUGGAGGAGGACCAGAGUUAUCCGCAUUAUUUUGAUGCUGCAAUUAUUCGCAUAAUAGCGGCAUCGGGACCAGAUUUUGACUUUAUGAACGCAUUUCCAAAGUAAUGCGGAUAAUUGCCAUGGUGCGGUCACAAGGUCACCCUUUUCCAACAACCGCAUCGGAGGGGGUGUGUGCGGUUGCCAUGAUGAUUAUCUGCCUUUUUCAGGACGGGCGCUCGUAAAAAUAGUGCGGAUUGUUUUCGGAGUUUGUGAACGCAAUUUUUAUUGAAUUAUCCGCAUUACUCUUAGGCGGCUAAUAGGAGGAUGGGUUUAUGAAAGGGGUAUAAUUCUGAUAUCAUUGUCAUAAGGCUUAAAUACAUUGUGUACCGUCCAAUAUGAUUUUGCAAUACAAGAAAUUGAAACAUUUGAGGACAAUGAAGAUGUUUCUCCAAGCUAUAUUUAUGAUGUAAAUAUUUCAGAAUGUUCUAUUUUGAGAAGAUAUUUCAUUGGUCUGUGACUUUGUAUAUUAAAUAUUUUCUUGUCUGUGCUA